UAUCAAAACAACAUCAUUACAUUCCAAGAGUUUCUGUUUACUAGUUUGUUUAUAAAUAACAAACGAAAUAUUUGAUGAAAGACUAUUUUUAAAUAAUUCAAAUGUCCUCGAAGCUAUUAGAGUUGGGAGGGAAAAUGAAACGUUGUCGAUGUGUAUAUUUCAACUUGUAGCAUCAUUCUAGUCUCAUACAUAAUCGAAAUUAACAUCCGACGGUUAACAUUUCGCGUAAAUACAGAUUAUGGAAAAACAUAGUUUAUUCGACGAAAAUAAAACAAAAAAAAACGGUGUUUAGAAUCACACUAGUGUACGUUGUUGAUAUCUGUCACCUGUCACCGAAUCCACACUACAGCGAUCUCUGUGUUUAACGAUUAUAGACAGUCAGUCCAAAUAUGACUGGAAAACUCAUUUACAAGGUCAAAUCGGAUAUUACGUCACCAUAUAUGUAUUCGGCAGAGAGCGCGUCAUGUCUUAUAUUGUAUUUUUUUGGAUUUUAGAGCAAUUAUUGCACGCAAAAUGUUUAUUUGUUCUUUGUCUAAAUAAAAUUACAUAGAAGUACUUCAGAAAACACAAAUUUAUUUAAGAAAAUCACACAGGAUUAUACGUCAACUGUAUGCAAACAAACAAUUCAGUACAGAUGGUUGGGCUUGCUGGAAAAGUAUCGAUAUAUCGAUAUGUAUCGAUCCUAUGUAUCGAAAAUAAGAAAAAAACUAAAUUAUACAACAAUCGCCGGGAAUUUGAUUAUGUAUUAAAACUUUUGGAACCAAAUACAAGCAAAACGUAACUGUUUUGACGAAAAAAAUGUUAACCUACAACAUAACCUAAAAGAGGACACACUUCGCACCCAUUCGUGGAUCUAUCCGGGGGUGGAUGCUUGGAGGGACGAGUUUUCUCACGAAAUAAAUAUUUUUCUCUUUAUCGACACGGUAUAUAUUUACAGGUGAUUUAAAACCAACAAAAUGUUGCAACUACUGCUAAUCGCUUCUGUUUUAUUCGGUCUCUUUUACCACUUUUUCAUCAGACCUAUGAGUUAUUGGAAAAGACUGAAUGUACCUCAAACUAAACCGUGGUGGUUCUUUGGAGACAGUUGGGGUACAGUCUUCAAGAAGCACAGUUUUGUUGAUUUAACACAAUACGUGUACGAUGCUGUUCCUGGCAGCAGGUAUUCCGGUAUGUAUCAAUUUUCUGUACCCACGCUACUGAUCAAAGAUCCCGAAUUAAUAAAACAAGUUUGUGUCAAAAAUUUCGAUCAUUUUACCGAUCACAGAGGAGCCAUUCCGGAGGAAGCUGAUCCUUUAUUUGGAAAAAAUUUAUUCUCGUUGAAAGGUAAAAGAUGGCGCGACAUGAGAUCUGUUGUCAGUCCAACUUUUACCAGCAGCAAAAUGAAAGCGAUGUUUAUUUUAAUGUCUGAAUGUGGUCAAUCUUUUACCAAAUUCUUCCUGGAUAAAAAUCAGGAUAGUUUGGAAGUCGAAAUGAAAGAUACUUUUUCCAGAUUUACUAACGAUGUAAUUGCCACAACGGCUUUUGGGGUUAGGACGGAUUCUUUAAAAGAUCCCGAAAAUGAAUUUUUCAUGAUGGGAAAGGAUGUUACCAAUUUUACGUAUUGGAAAUCCAUGAAAUUUUUUUUAUAUAUAACUUUACCUAAGCUGUGUGCAUUUAUAAAACUUCGAUUUUUGAGCAGAUCAAUUACAACUUUCUUUACUAAUAUUAUCGACGAAACAAUAAAAAUGCGGGAAGAAAAAGGAAUUGUACGACCAGAUGUAGUGCAUGUACUAAUGGAAGCUAGGAAAGGUAAUUUGCAAAAGGAAGAAAAGGCACUUGAUGUCGGUUUUGCUGUGGUCGAAGAAGCUGAAUUAGGAACCAGUAGCGUUACAGAAAUAACUAACUUAGAUAUAGCGGGACAUGCGAUGGUUUUCUUUUUCGCUGGUUUCGACGCCGUUUCUACUUUAAUGUGUUUCAUGUGCUAUGAAUUAGCAAUAAAUAAAGAUGUUCAAGAUAGACUUAGGGAAGAAAUCCGUAGUACUUUCGAGAAAUGUAACGGGAAAAUAACGUACGAAGCUCUUUUAAAAAUGCAGUAUAUGGAUAUGGUCGUAUCAGAAAGUUUAAGAAAAUGGCCGAUUGCUGUUAUGACAGAUAGAGUUUGUACCCAACCUUUUACGAUUGACGCUAAAACUCCAGAAGAAACGACUCUUCGUAUAGAUGCUGGUACACCGAUAAUGAUUCCAAAUUUUGCAAUACAUCGCGAUCCUAAAUACUAUCCCGAUCCGGAUCGUUUUGAUCCGGAAAGAUUUAACGAUAAAAAUAAAAAAAAUAUUGAUUGUUAUACGUACAUACCCUUCGGGGUGGGACCGAGAAACUGUAUUGGAUCAAGAUUUGCUUUAAUGGAAGUUAAAGUGGCUUUUUUCCAUAUUCUGUUGAAUUUUGAACUAGUACCAACAGCAAAAACUCAAAUUCCGUUGAAGAUAUCGAAAUCGAAGUUGAAUAUUACAGCAGAGGGUGGUUUUUGGUUUGCCAUGAACCGUUUAGAAAAAAUAUAAUCAUUUCCAUUAUUUGUUUAUUAAAUAAGUUUUCCUAGAUGUUAUUUUAUAUAAAAUAAACGUACGUUUUAAUGUU